AGAUUAGAAACGGCCCAAGCGAAGUCCUGUUUGGAUUUGGGUCACGAGUUAAUUUAAGCUCUUGGAGGUGUUCUUGUUGGAGGAAGUGAAACCAUAUGACUGCCACAUAAUCGCGAUAAGUUCACGAGAGGCGUCUCAAUUGAUUAAAACUGAUUGGGAAUAGUAAACAAACAAAGGCUGAAUAUUGAACCGACCAAUCAAAUGAGGCAUGAGCCACACUCCCACGUUCAAAACUAAGUGUUUUUGCAUUUCUGGCACAAAAUCGGGCGAAACGCCACUGUGGUGCUGCUAACUAUUGACUUCCUGGUUUUUGCCCAAUUUUGUUGCGAGUGAAGAAGAGUCAUGGCGGAAGCCCAUUCAGCUGUUGCUUUCUCGUUUUCCAUCACCCACGAAGGCUGGGACGUCAACUUCGACAGAGAAGUCCUUCACCUGGUGUGGCAAUCCGGUAUUCGCUCUUGGAAGAAGCGAAUCGCCAGGUUUCAGAAUAGCAUUCACAAUGGUGUAUAUCCAGGCCAUUUGUGGAGUUUGUGGUUGAUAUUUUCCAUUGUCACGGCUGUGCAUUACAUGGACAGGGCGGUUCCCUUUGAUCUUGCUGCGAAAUUUUUAUAUUUAUUUAAUGAUACUUCCACGCGAUGGCAACUCCUCGCGUGCUUUUUAGCAGCAUUAGUUUAUUGGUUAGCUAUAAUAUUCACCCUUAGGUACACAUUAAAAUUAUUACUUAUGUACAAGGGUUGGAUGUAUGAAGCGAGAGGUAAAGGCACUAAAACAUCUUUGCCUACGAAAAUGUGGUUCAUAUGUGUUAGAAUUUUUAGCGGCUGGAAUACACCAAAACUUUACAGUUUCCAAGGCUCGCUGCCACGUUUACCUCUGCCCUCCUUGCACGACACCAUGAGCAGAUAUUUAAGGAGCGUUCGUCCGCUCCUCGACGAUAAAAACUACCAACGCAUGGAGCGCCUUGCCUCUGAAUUCGAAAACGGCAUCGGAAAGAAACUCCAACGCUACUUAUGGCUAAAAUCUUGGUGGUCAAGCAACUACGUUUCCGACUGGUGGGAAGAAUACGUUUAUUUACGCGGCCGUUCUCCCCUCAUGAUCAAUUCGAAUUUCUACGGAAUUGAUGCAAUUUUCAUGACACCGACGUCCAUCCAAGCCGCUAGAGCAGCCUCGGUCAUAAAUUCCUGCCUCGUAAUGCGGAGAUUGGUCGAACGACAAGAGCUCGAACCGAUGAUGAUUCAAGGAGUUGUUCCGUUGUGUUCCUGGCAGUAUGAGAGAAUUUUCAACACGACUCGAAUUCCGGGAAUGGAAACGGACAAGAUCCAGCAUUGGCAGGAUUCGAAUCAUAUUGUGGUGUAUCAUAAAGGGAGAUAUUUCAAAGUUGUGAUUUACAAAGGGAGGAUUUUGAAACCGUGCGAAAUUCAAGUGCAAAUUGAGCAAAUUUUGAAUGAUAAGUCUGAGCCCUUGCCAGGGGAGGAGAAAUUGGCGGCUUUGACGGCUGGAGAAAGGACACAUUGGGCGAAUGUUAGAAGGAUGUUUUUCACCAAAGGGGUGAAUAAAACUUCGUUGGAUAUUAUUGAAAAAGCGGCGUUUGUGGUCGCUUUGGACGACAUUCCCUACGAGUUUGAUCAGAAAGAUCCGUCCAAGUUGGAUAACUACGGUAAAAUCCUCCUCCAUGGCAAAGGUUACGACCGGUGGUUCGACAAAUCCUUCACUUUGUGUGUUGGCACCAAUGGAAGGAUUGGGUUCAAUGCUGAGCAUUCGUGGGCUGACGCAGCAGUGAUUUCCCAUGUAUGGGAAUGGGUGGUAACGACCCAGAUCCACGAGACCCGGGCUGACGCUGCGAUUAUCGUUCAUUUAAUGGAGCUCCUGAUCCUCGAUGAGCGAUCCGAACGAUAUGACAAAACCGGAAAUACGCUUGGUAAACCUGAACUAACACCGCCUACUCCGACUCGCCUCAACUGGGAAAUCCGGUUCGAGUGCCAAGAAGCCAUCGAUAAGAGUAUGAAAGUCGUUAAAAGUCUCAUCGAAGACAUAGAUUUGCGUAUUUAUGUCCAUGAUCAUUACGGCAAAGGUUUUAUCAAACAGUGUCGGUUGAGUCCUGACGCCUACCUACAGAUGGCGCUCCAGUUGGCCUACUAUCGCGAUGCUGGUCGUUUUGACCUGACUUAUGAAGCCAGUAUGACAAGACUUUUCCGUGAAGGUCGAACCGAAACCGUACGCCCUUGUACCAUUGAAGCUUCCAAUUGGGUCAAGGCCAUGGAAAAUCCGAAAAGUACCACCGAGGAAAGGGUUCAGUUGUUGCGAACGGCGUGUCAAAGACAUCAGGUCGCUUAUCAGGACGCCAUGUGCGGCAAGGGCAUCGACAGGCACUUGUUUUGCCUUUACGUAGUGUCGAAGUACCUAGAGGUGGACUCGCCAUUCCUCCAGGAGGUGCUAAGUGAGCCGUGGAGGUUGUCCACCUCGCAGACACCGCACGGCCAAACUGGCAGAAUGGAUCUCAACAAAUAUCCAGAGUGCAUAUCAGCAGGCGGUGGGUUUGGUCCGGUUGCAGAUGACGGUUACGGUGUCUCCUACAUCAUCGCGGGCGAGGAUAUGUUUUUCUUCCACGUUUCAAACAAGCGAAGCAGCAGUAAAACUGAUUGCCACCGGUUCGCUAAAAGAAUAGAAAAAGCGCUUGCCGACAUGAAGGCGCUCUAUAUUGAUUAUAAAUCUCAGAAUGGUAACAAAUAAUUUUUUAGGAUUUUUUUUGGGAUCUAAUUAAGACAAUCUCCAAGGUGGUAUUCGGUUUUUAGGUUAAGAAACUUAAGUUAUUGCCGAUUUUGGCGAGCAUUAGGCACAAAACCGUGUGGUUGUUGCAAUUUAUUCUGUUUUUUGUUUUUUAUUAUUUGAACUCUUGUUUAAAAUUGUAAUAUUGUUGUUACUAUUGCUAAUGAGUGCGAGUAUUAUCUCUACGAUUGUUUAGUUAUUAUGCAAGGAUCAAUGCAAUGUUUGACUUUAUUAAUCAAUCAGUUUUUUACUGGAAAAAUGAUGUGGACCUCUAAUCAAUUGUACCUACGUUCUUAUGAAUCAAUAAAUAUUUGAUAACAAA